AUGGCAUAUGCGUACUACUACGACCUGCCCCCGCCAUUGGUGGACCACCUCCACGAACGAAGACACCAGCACGAAAAUGUCCUGCAAUACCUAGCCCACCGACACCCGCGACCAGAAGAGCACCCGAACCAGCCGGACGUGGAUUUCCGCGACGCCCUCAAAGAAUAUCUGGUGGAAAUCGAGGUGCCGGGGACCAAGAAGCCGAGUGAUCUCACCGUGUCCUGGACCGGGUCUCGGUCGCUGCUGGUGACCGGGAACUCGUCGAGGCCCGACUAUGGCACUGCAGCGAAUACGGAGGUGGAGGAGGAGAAAGACCAGCCUCACUCGAACGGGGUCCACUUGCUAGUCGGCGAGAGGAGGAUUGGCCCCUUCAGGCGAUACGUCAAUUUCCCGACCGAGGUGGAAAAUGUCAGCGUCACUCUCGAGGCUGGCUUGUUGAAGAUCCGCGCCCCGAAGAAGGGAUUCACCGACGCGGCCGCGACAAAGGUGGACGUCAAGCAUGAGUGA